UACAAGCCAACGCCCACCACAAACGCAUUCGCGCCCCAGCCCUACUCAAUCGUUCCACCAUCCCCGAGGGACGCUCACAUUUCCCCCCCAGCUACUGGCCCUCUCUUGCUUUUCCGACCUGAGGGCAGGUAGCAGGUCUCUCCGUCCCACCCUCACCAUAUGGCCGCCCACCCAGAGCAUCGCUGGGGUCGGUGUCCUCCGCCGCGGACAGGCAGGCAGAGGCAGCCAGGGCGCACCUGCGCCGUGCCAGCAAGAAGCCCCCGCGGCAGGCCCCCGGCGCCAUGGCGGCAGCCAAGGAGGACGGCGGCGUGCAGGACAAGUUACAUCCAAGGAAUCUCAUUCCAGAGCUUUGCAGACUGUUCUAUGGCUUAGGCUGGGUAACAGGAACUGGUGGAGGAAUCAGCUUAAAACAUGGGAAUGAAAUCUACAUUGCUCCCUCAGGGGUCCAGAAGGAGAGGAUACAGCCAGAAGACAUGUUUGUGUGUGACCUGAGUGGACAGGACAUCAGUGGUCCCCCCGUGCACAAGAAGCUGAAGAAGAGCCAAUGCACACCGCUCUUCAUGAAUGCCUACAGCAUGAGAGGGGCAGGUGCAGUGAUCCAUACUCACUCCAAGGCUGCUGUCAUGGCUACGCUUCUGUACCCAGGGAGUGAGUUCACCAUUACUCACCAGGAGAUGAUCAAAGGAAUCCAGAAAUGUACCUCAGGAGGCUACCACCGCUAUGACGACCUGCUGGUGGUGCCCAUCGUGGAGAACACGCCGGAGGAGCGGGACCUGAAGGAGAGGAUGGCUCGCGCCAUGGAGCGCUGCCCGGACUCCUGCGCCGUGCUGGUGCGGCGCCACGGGGUCUACGUGUGGGGAGAGACGUGGCAGAAGGCCAAGACCAUGUGUGAGUGCUACGAUUACUUGUUCGACAUUGCGGUGCAGAUGAAGCAGCAUGGACUGGAUCCUUCCAAGCACCCAGCAGGAGAAAAUGGGAUUGUGUGAAUGGCAGUGUCCGUGGUGUCCAGGUUUCCUUCCUGCUGGUGGCAGCUCCAGACUCUCCCUCACGCUGUCAGCACCAGAAGGUGGUGCUGAUUGACAGAUGUGAGCAGUCUGGCAAAACACAGCCAAGGAAAGGAGACUUCACCAAAACAAAAGCUGAAGGAUGCCUGCUACUUCUGAUUCCUGUCAAAUGCUGCAGGGGGAGAGAUGAAAAUCCAUCUGCAAAACCAAGAUUUUGGGAAAAAGCUGCAGAGAACUGAUCUGACAUUUAUGUGCUUUAAAAAUACACAUUUCAGAAGCA